AACCGCGGAGGAAUCCUAGCUGGCGUGGCUCGUGUCCACCGCCUCCACCUUCCUUCCCUCCUCAGUUCAUUCAGAGUCCUCCCUGGAUGGGACGACUCCGCACACUUCUCCUCACCACGUUACCAUUCUGCCGCCCGAGAUUAUUUGCCCGACAGUCCAUCCGUAAACGGACUUAAUAAGGCUCCUGCCAAAGUCGACUCCCUAGACCUCACAGGAAUAGGGAGGUCGAGAUCAUGAUCCGGCCGGGAUUGCGAUGGCUCGCGACCCUGGCUUGCCUCGCCGCUUUAGUAAAAGGGCAAAAUUUUUCAACUCGUCAAAGGUUUCAACACAGAGGUGACAUUGAAAAACCACCGCAUGGGGAUGAUAAUGACGAUUCAUAUCGUCCUUAUGAUGACGAUCAACCCGACUAUGAUGAUGGCAACGAUAGGAAUUAUGAGACGUCAUAUAAUACUGGCUCCUCGUGGAAUCAAACAUUUUACAAUGGCAAUAGAGAAGGAUAUGGUGACUCGAGAAAUUAUGGUGAUUCAUAUGAUCGAAAUUAUCAUCGAGGUCAACAUGGUUCAUCGCAAUAUGAUCGAGAUCGUUAUCUACCAUCGGGAGCUGAAAGAGAAGAUGGUGGAGGUAGAUACGCGGUGUAUCCAAAUCCAGAAGCAAAAAAUUGUACCGGAAAUGCAAAUUGCGUUCCAAAAUGUUACGCCGAGAAAGGAUCAAGAGGUCCUCCUGGUACACCUGGAAUUCAAGGUCCUCGGGGUCAAACAGGAUUUCCAGGAAUAGAAGGUCUUCUUGGUCAAAAGGGUGAUAAAGGUGAUCCCGGUCCACAAGGACCACGAGGAUACAAGGGUGAUCGAGGUAUGACUGGAGUGCCUGGAUAUCCUGGAAUCGACGGUGUUCCAGGAGUUCAAGGACCACCGGGAAAUGCGGGUCUUCCUGGUCGCGAUGGAUGCAACGGAACCGAUGGAUUACCGGGAAUUGAUGGUCGUCCUGGAGAAUCGGGUCCUCGUGGUCUUCCUGGAAUUUCAGGACCAAAAGGAGAAAAAGGAACGCCAGCUUACGUGGGACCUUUUCCCGUGGGAGAAAAGGGUGAACCCGGUCUCGAUGGAGUACGUGGUCCACCUGGAAAUCCAGGACCAGAAGGACCUCGAGGUCCUCCUGGAAUGAAAGGCGAACGAGGACAAUACGGAUUACCAGGAAGUACGGGACAAAAAGGUGAAAAAGGUCACAUGGGUCUUGGCUUCGAAGGACCAAAGGGAGAUAAAGGUCUGAGAGGACUUCCGGGUCCUCCGGGUAAAUUGGAAACGUCCACGGGAACAAAAACAACAGUUGGUUCACCUGGUGAACCGGGACCAAAAGGAGAUCGAGGUGAUAGGGGCACAGAGGGACCUAGAGGAGAGACCGGUCCUCCAGGUGAUUACGGAAUACCUGGUGUAGCCGGAAUGAAAGGUGAAAAAGGUCUUCCUGGAGUUCCAGGAGUUCGGGGCAGAGAUGGAUUUUCAGGACCACCAGGACCUAUUGGUUUGAAAGGUGACAGAGGUUAUGAUGGACUACCUGGUCUUGAUGGACGUCCUGGCGCUAAAGGACAUCCUGGCAUAGAUGGUCCAAUGGGUAUUUCCGGUAUUCGAGGACCUCCUGGACCACCGGGAGGUGGUAAAGGUCGUCCUGGACCACCAGGUGAGAAGGGACCAAGAGGUUUCCCUGGUCCAGUGGGACCCAGAGGAUCAGAUGGUUUUCCCGGAGAACCUGGACUGAGAGGUCCAAUUGGUUUACAAGGAGGACCGGGUCUUCCAGGAAUUCCGGGUCCCGAAGGACUGCCAGGUGAAAAAGGACACAAAGGAGAAUCGGGUCUUCCGGGCUUUCCAGGUGAAAUUGGACCACGUGGUUUUGAUGGAGCUCCUGGUCCCGCAGGACUUCGAGGUCCUUCCGGUGAAAAAGGAUUGUCAAUCAUAGGACCCAAAGGAAUGGACGGUCUUCCUGGAAACGAUGGUGCAAAGGGCCAAAAGGGAGAGAGAGGUUAUCAGGGUGUGAGAGGUCGACCCGGCGAUUCAUUGGAGGGAAUUCCAGGAUCACCGGGAGCACCUGGACAACCUGGAGAAAUUGGACCAUCGGGAAAAGAUGGUAUGCCAGGUUUUCCGGGACUUCCUGGUGAAAAAGGUGACAUUGGAGGAAGAUGCAUUGACUGUGCUCCUGGUCAUCCUGGUUUAAAGGGAGAAAGAGGAUUCGAUGGAGCGCCUGGUAUUCCAGGACUUCGAGGACCACCUGGUGAACUUGGACCAAUUGGUGAACCUGGAAUUGACGGUAAUCCUGGACUUCAAGGACCACCUGGUUUUCCCGGAAAAGAUGGUUUGCCUGGAGCACCUGGAUCUCAGGGACAACCAGGAACACCGGCAAUUAUACCCAGGGAUUCAUUGAAACCGAUAAAAGGCGAUAAAGGCGUUCGUGGAGAAUCGGGACGUGUUGGACCAUUUGGUCCCGAAGGACCUAUUGGCGAGAAAGGACGACAAGGAUACGAAGGAUUUCCUGGUCUCAAAGGAGAACCAGGAGAUCGAGGUUUUCCGGGUCAAGAUGGAGUUCCUGGAAGACCCGGUGCACCCGGAUGGAAGGGAGAGAGAGGUGUGAGCAUCAAGGGAGAACCUGGUGAACCAGGACGAGAUGGUUAUUUUGGAAUGAAAGGUGAUCCUGGUUUUCCUGGCGAUAAAGGAGAGGCUGGUGAAUGUGCACCGUGUAACAUUACGGAAGGUUUGAAAGGUGAUCGAGGGGAGCAAGGUACGAAAGGUGAACCCGGACCGCCUGGAAGAGAUGGACCAACGGGCGAUAAGGGAGACAUGGGUCCUGAGGGACUUGUCGGUGCUGUUGGAUCGAUUGGACCCCCAGGACCUACUGGUCCCAGAGGAGAACCAGGACCAAGGGGAGAGAAGGGUAAUAUGGGACCAUUCGGUUUCCCUGGAGAACCGGGCAAAGAGGGAGCGAGAGGAUUCCCUGGUCCAGCGGCUCCAAAAGGCGUUAAAGGAGAACCUGGAGUUUCUGUGAAAGGAAGCACUGGAUUCCCGGGACCACAGGGAGUUAAAGGUGAGAGAGGACUUCCGGGACCACCUGGAAAGGAUGGACCAGAGGGUCCACCAGGAUUGCCUGGAUUCACUGGAGAAAAAGGAGAUGGCGGUGAACCUGGAUUGGAUGGUUUACCUGGAGCUCCUGGUGAGAAGGGUGACACUGGUCCAGUUGGUGCUACUGGACCACCUGGAGUACCAGGAAUGGCCGGUAGUGAUGGAGUUAAAGGUGAGCCUGGUCUGACUGGAGAACCGGGUAGAGAAGGUUUACCCGGAUUCCCUGGAGCUAAAGGCGAAAGAGGUGAAAUUGGCAGUGACGGAUCAAAGGGUUAUCCUGGAAGAAGAGGAGCUCCUGGUUUACCGGGAACUCCAGGCGAAGAGGGACGUCCUGGUUUGAAGGGUGAAACGGGACCGAAAGGAGACUAUGGAUUCCCUGGAUUGCCAGGAAUAGAGGGUAAAUCCGGAAGACCCGGAUUGCCUGGAUUAAAAGGAGAUGUUGGUUAUCCAGGACCACCGGGUCCACACGGUCCGCACGGAUACGAAGGAAUGAAGGGAGAUCAUGGCCCUCCUGGUUUUCCUGGAAGAAAAGGAGAACCAGGUCAGGUUUCGGAAAAGGGGCAAAAGGGAGAGGUUGGUAUGCCGGGAAUUCGAGGUCCGAUGGGACAAUCUGGUAGAGACGGUCUGGAUGGAAUUAAGGGCGAAAGGGGAAUGGUGAUAUUUGGACGAGAUGGAGUUCCGGGUGCUAAAGGUGAUGCUGGUACACCUGGUCGUCCUGGUUUAAUUGGACUUCAAGGGGAAAAAGGCGACGCUGGCGUUCGUGGUUUCGUUGGUCAAAAAGGAGACGCUGGAUUCCCUGGUCUUUCUGGAGAACCUGGAACACCUGGACUUGAUGGUCUGCCAGGGGAAAAUGGAGAGAUUGGACCAAUGGGUUCUCCUGGGUUUCCAGGACAAAUGGGAGACGUUGGAAUACCAGGAGAAGGUGGUUUGGAUGGAAUGAAAGGAGAACGGGGACCUAUAGGUCCGCCUGGUCCAUUUGGAAUAGUGGGUCCAGAGGGUGAAAAAGGUGAUCGUGGACCUCCUGGUUUGACGUUAAAUACCAAGGGAAUGAAAGGUGAACCAGGUCUUCCUGGACUUCCCGGUGAUAUUGGACAGAAGGGUGACAGAGGUUUCGAUGGAGUGGCAGGAUUUGUGGGCGAAAAGGGAGACAGAGGCUCAGUCGGUCUUAUAGGAAAUCCCGGACCUCCUGGACCAAUGGGACCAAAGGGAGAUCGAGGUUCAGAGGGACUUCCUGGUCUUCAAGGUGUGACAGUUAAAGGAGAAAAGGGUCUUCCUGGUCGUUUGGGUAAACACGGAAAAGAUGGAUUCCCAGGAAUUCCCGGCGAAAAAGGAGAAGCGGGAUUGCCUGGAUUACCCGGACACAAGGGUGAUCGGGGACCUUAUGGUCCAGUUGGUCCACAGGGUGAGAAAGGUGAUUUAGGAUUAUCGGGAGCACCUGGAUUGUCUGGUCGGGAUGGUGCGCCUGGAAUUGAAGGAAUGCCUGGACUCACUGGAGAGAGAGGACCAAAGGGAGAUCAAGGUCCUCCAGGACCUUUCGGUGUUCCUGGUCAAAAGGGUGAUCAAGGAGUCUCAGGAUUGAACGGAUUGGAUGGUUUGCCUGGUGAAAAGGGAGAUAGAGGCUGGAAUGGUCCAGAUGGAAUUCCAGGAUUCCCGGGUGAAAAAGGUGAUGCUGGCUAUCCAGGAUCACCUGGUUUGAUGGGAUCGGUUGGUUUUGUUGGUAUUAAAGGAGAAAAGGGAGAUGAUUGCGAAACAAUGCCACCUGGACCAAAGGGAGAUCGAGGUUAUCCAGGAUCCCCUGGAAUUCCUGGACUUUCGGGAGAGAAAGGAAUGGCAGGACCUCCAGGUUUCCCUGGUAGAGACGGUGCUAAGGGAGAAAUUGGCUUUGUUGGUGCACCUGGAACACCUGGAUUACCUGGACAACCUGGAUUAGAUGGACCACCGGGACAAGCUGGACUUUCGGGUACGCCUGGAUUCCCUGGAAUUAAGGGUGAACAAGGAGCACCAUGUGACAUUGCUCCUGAUUAUUUGACGGGAAUUUUAUUAGUCAAACAUAGUCAAAGUCAAACUGUUCCAACUUGUGAACGUGGACAUAUCAAAUUAUGGGAGGGUUACAGUCUUCUAUUCACUGAUGGUGACGAAAGGGCUCACUCUCAAGAUUUAGGUUAUGCUGGCUCAUGUGUGAGAAAGUUCUCGACGAUGCCGUUCUUGUUCUGCGACGUAAAUGACGUCUGUCACUAUGCAAGUCGAAAUGAUCGUUCUUAUUGGCUAUCCACCAAUAGUCCAAUACCAAUGAUGCCUGUUGAAGAGUCAGGCAUUGAAGAAUAUAUUUCCAGAUGUGUUGUAUGUGAAGUGCCAGCAAGUGUAAUAGCGGUCCACAGUCAAUCAACUGCCAUUCCAGAAUGUCCAAAUGGCUGGUCCAAUCUCUGGAUUGGAUACAGUUUUAUAAUGCACACGGGCGCUGGUGCGCAAGGCGGAGGACAAUCUUUAUCUAGUCCUGGAUCCUGUUUAGAGGACUUCCGAGCAGUUCCGUUUAUCGAAUGUAACGGUGCCAAAGGACACUGCCAUUAUUAUACCAACGAGUACAGUUUUUGGAUGGCAACAAUCCAAGACAAUCAGCAAUUCCAGAAGCCUCAAAAAGAGACAAUAAAAGCUGGAAAUCUACGAAAUCGAAUAAGUCGAUGCGCCGUGUGUUUAAGAAACACAUGAGAUUGUACACAAUUUUUUUAAUUAUAAUUAAUUCAUUAAAAAAAAGCAAAAGAAAUUUUAUAAUUAAUUAAUUGAGAAAAGUUUUAUAAGAAAAUAAUUUGCCCGCCAAUGGAGGGCAAAGAGUAUGAGUCAAAAUUAGUUUUAGAUUUUAUUUUGGAUUUUUAGAAUCUUUUUUUUUUGUUUGUGAAAUAUGGACUAUUUUUUUUUUUGCCAAUUUUUCACUUCUUUAUUAUCACACACACUCUUUCUCUUUACCCUCCCAAGUCCGCUGCCAUUUUUUCCCUCGAUUCUCAUUCUAUUUUUUAAUUAAUAAUUUGUACCAUUAAGUGCCUAGAAUAUUACUUAACAUGUAAAAUAAUAUAUAUAUUUAUAUAUCAUAAAAAAAAGUCGUAUUAAGAGAUCAAAGAUCAUUUAUAUCGUACUACCACAGACACUGCCCAUAUUCAAUAUGGCACAUUUACAUAUUGUAUAUUAAUGUAAACGAUCUUAGUCUGGUAAUUGCGUGACGCCAAAUAUUUAAAUAAAUAGGUAUUUUGCUACAUAGUCAAUAAAAUUAUAUUUUGACAUUUUAGCAAAAUGAAUUUCUUUAUUUGUCCCCUCUCUUUAACGGUUUCUUUUUCUUUUAAUUAUUUUCAUAUUGAAACAAUUGUUUUCAGUUUAUAAAUGUUUAAAUUUGCGAAUGUACAUUUAUUUAAUUUUAAUAUAUUGUAAAAAAUGAUUUUUUUUAUCUCUCAUUCAAAUAUGCGAUUGUUUUUUUUUUUUUUUUUUUUUUUUUUUUUUUUUUUUUUUUUUUUUUUUUUUUUUUUUUUUUUUUUUUUUUUGAAAAA